ACGUUUCCUCCCGGCGCUCCCGGAAGUUGCGCUCGCUGCCUGGGUAACGGGGCGUGACGGCGCUGGCGGCGCUGGCGGUGGCAGGAUGGAGCUGGAGGAGGCGAAAGAAUUUAAGGAACGCUGCACACAGUGCGAUGCUGUCUCCUGGGGCCUCACGGAUGAAGGCAGGUACUACUGUACGUCUUGCCACAAUGUCACAGAGAGGUCAAAGGAGGUACUGAACACUGAGGCCAUUCCCAAUACCAAGAUCAAAGCUAUCAACCGGGGGCUUAAAAGAAAAAGCAAGCUGGAAAAAGGCUGGGAUUGGUAUGUGUGUGAAGGAUUCCAGCACAUCCUGUGUCAGCAGGCAGAAGCUCUGAAGACCUUAGGCGUCAGCCUGGAGCUCAAGAAUGAAGUUUUACACAAUUUCUGGAAGCGCUACCUUCAGAAGAGCAAGCAGGCGUAUUGUAAAAACCCAGUUUACACCAGUGGAAGGAAAGUUACAGUGCCAGAAGACUGUCUAGGUCAUUCAGACUGGGCCAGUGACCCUGAGCUGCUAAGUGACACGAACUGUCCUUCUUUUGUUGAAAGUGGGGCCGAGUCGCAGUCUGAGGUCCCAGGGCGGAAGCCUUGCCGCAAUGCCAAAGCAUCACGCUCAGAAGGAGCUUCUGUCUGUUCGGGCUCUCUGGACGGGGUCGAAUACUCACAGCGCAAGGAGAAGGGGAUUGUGAAGAUGACCGUCCCCCGAACACUCGCCUUCUGCUACCUGUCCCUGCUCUGGCAGAGAGAGGCCAUUACUCUUUCAGACCUGUUGAGAUUUGUUGAAGAGGACCAUAUUCCUUAUAUAAAUGCUUUUCAGCAUUUUCCAGAAGAGAUGAAAUUAUAUGGGCGAGACAAAGGCAUCUUUGCUGUAGAGUCCUGGCCUGACUAUGAAGAUAUUUAUCAAAAAAUGAUCGAAAUGGCCAUAUUUUUAGAUUUGCCUCGUUUUCCAGACAUUACUGAAGACUGCUUCCUCCACCCCAACAUCUUGUGUAUGAAAUACUUGAUGGAAGUCAACCUUCCCGAUGAAAUGCAUGGUUUAACCUGUCAAGUGGUAAAGGUGACUGGCAUAGGAGAAGUGGAUUUUUUGACAUUUGAUCCUAUUGCUAAAAUGGCAAAAACCGUGAGAUAUGACGUGCAAGCUAUGGCUGUCAUUGUAGUGGUAUUGAAGUUGCUCUUUUUGUUGGAUGACAAUGUAGAAUGGUCUUUGUCUGAUCUUGCUGAAGACUACAAUGAAGACCACCAAGAUAAGCCAUGGUUUGAUUUCAGAAAGUGGUACCAAGUUAUGAAGAAAGCUGUUGACGAGAAAAAACAAAAACGGGAAGAAACAAGGGCAAAGUACCUGUGGAAAAGUGAAAGACCACUCUACCACUCGCACAUUGACAAGCCGGUGGUGUACAAGAGAAGAGAAAUGGUCGUGAGUCUCCAGAAACAGUUCAGUGCGCUGGUUCAUCCAACACCAACUUCUGGGGGGAAAAAACCUUCAAGCUUUCAGUUCAAUUGGACUGAAGAAGAUACCAAUAGGACGUGUUUCCAUGGACACAGCCUCCAGGGGGUCCUGAGCAAGAAAGGCCAGUCGCUGCUCAUCAAAAACUCCUUGUACUGGCUCAGUACGCAGAAGUUCUGCAGAAGCUAUUGCAGACAUGUGACAACCUACGAAGAAGCAAAUUUUUCUCUGAGUUACCGGUUUGUACUAAAUCUCUUCUCCUUCCUGCUGAGAAUAAAGAGCUCCUUACUCCAUGAAGAAGUGAGCUUAAUUGAAAAGAAACUUUUUAAAAGGAAAUACAUUAAACCAAACCAACCGGCAAGAUCCAAAAGAGUGAGAAGACGUUAAGAACUUUAUUGAAAAAAUGUUUUGAUGAUGAUAGCAAUGCCUAGUUGUAAUAUAACUUUCAAGAGAAUCGUGAAAAGUAUAUUUUACUAUGUGACACAUAUGCAUAUACAUACAUAUCUACGUAUGUAUCAGAUGUGUUUGUAAAAAUGUUUGCUGCAGUAGGUUAAGCCACCAGCUGUUAAACCAGCAUUCCAUCUUGGAUUGCCAGUUCAAGACCUGGCUUCUCCACUUCCCAUCCAGCUUCCUGCUUGUGGCCUGGGAAAGCAGCAGAGAAUGGUCCUCUGCUUGGGGCCUGCGCCCACAUGGGAGAC